AACACGUAAACCGUGGUGGAAUUGAAAAGACUGCUAUUUAUUACACUUUACGUUUAAUAAAGUAAUGUUUUUCUUAAAGCUUAUCUGGCCAUAUGGUCAUCAUAAAAUAUCUUUAAUAAACUAGGCUAGAUUUUUUUAAUUGUAAAUAGCACGUUAGUGUCCUGGUCAGUCGGUUUAGUUCAAUAAAGGUAUCUUAUAACCAACGAUUCAUUAACACCCAGUUAAUUCUUUACAUCAACAUUGAACUGUUUAUAUAUAAGGUUUAUACCAUUACUGAUUUCUAUUAACUUUUUACUGGCAGUUUUAAGGAAAGUUGUUAUUCAAAAAAGGAAUUAUUCGGGUAGAAUAACGACCAUGUUUAACAUACUAGCGCGAGUGUUUUUUGCUCUGUGUUUAUGGUACGGUGGUACUGAUGGAGUGUGUACGUAUUCAGAGCUAAAUUUGGACCUGUAUGAUUGUUUUGAUACCAGAGGCCUUACCACAGAAUACGCUCUGCCAAUAAUUGAUACCACUAAUAAUGCCGCGACUUUUUGCACGUCACAACUGAGUGCUAUCAACACAUGUGUAGAAAAUGUCAUUCAGGCAUGCUCAGGAUACAGCGAUGUGACGAAAUUUUUUGGUGAUGGGACAACACUGUCUACGGGGUACUCCUAUCUUUGUAACCAGUUUACAUCGAAUAGUAAUGUCGAGCCCUUCAGUUGCGCUACAAGCGCCGACAUGGGCGCUAUAAAGACAUCCUUGGGUGAUUUUGACACGGCUGUUGACGCCUUGACAAAUCCAUCAGUAUCAGAAAUAUGCACGCUUGCAGACACUAUGACAGAGGGUUUUAUGACCGAGAUAACGACCGUAUGCUCCGGAUCGCCCACGUCACUCGCUAUUUGGGAUACGUACCUUUCUAGUUUGAAGGGCGCUUGCAGCGGCCAUGGAACGCCUGUUAUGAACACCUUAUUGUUCAUUCUCUCCGUGUCUUUGACAAUGUUGCUUUAAUUGUAGAAGAAUCAUAAAUAACCAGACGAUUCCUAUAUUCUUGAACUGAAUUCCAGAAUUCAUGGAAUG